GUGGGCGGUCGCUGUGAGUGUCCCUUUCACCCGGCGGCGCGCAGGCACGCCCAGGGCCCACGGACAGCGCGGCGGCGCGCGCGCGCUCUCCCGGUGACCUCCCCUGUGACGUGCCUGGCCGAGGCCGCGCAAGGGCGCUGUAGCUGCCAGUGCCGCUGUCAUGGCGUCUGAGGCGCUGUCUGAGGAGAUCCCGCCGCGGUCUCUUUAGAGCGAGGGGCGGGCGGCUGGGUAUGGAGAGCGGCCCCGAGAGCCUGCAACCGCUAGAACAUGGAGUGGCCGCCGGGCCAGCGCCAGGGAUAGGUUCUCCGCAGGAAGGGCAACAAGAGACCAGGCUCGCCGCUGGGGAUGGUCCUGGAGUAUGGGCGGCGGAGAUCAGCGGCGGGAAGGGGCAGGGGGCGGCGGCCGCCGGGAGGAGCCUCUCGGACUCGGCUUCUCCCGCCGGCUCUCCUCAGGUUCUGAUACCCUGCAGCUCGCUCCCGAGCUUGGACUUGAAGGAGAGCGAUUUGGAGAGUCCUGCUGCCCAGAAGGAGCCUGUAAGAGGGCAGCACAAGGUGACCGCCUCCCCGGAGACAGCCGAGGCCGGAGCUGACCAUGGGCUGGGUCCAGCGGGAGACGGGGGCGCCCGGCCGGAUCCCGCCGGCACCUGCCAGGAAGAAUCGGCGGCCGCGGGCUCUUCGGAGCCCAGCAGCGGCGGCGGCCUCAGCAGCAGUUGCAGCGACCCGAGCCCUCCUGGGGAAUCGCCGAGCCUGGACUCCCUGGAGUCGUUCUCUAACCUACAUUCUUUCCCCAGUAGCUCCGAGUUUAAUAGUGAGGAAGGAGCUGAGAACAGGGUCCCCGAGGAGGAGGAGGGCGCGGCGGUGUUGCCCGGGGCUGUGCCCCUGUGUGGAGAGGAGGAGGUGGAGGAGGAGGAAGCCCAGGUGCUGGCGGCCUCCAAGGAACGCUUCCCGGGACAGUCUGUCUAUCAUAUCAAGUGGAUCCAGUGGAAGGAAGAGAACACACCUAUCAUCACCCAGAAUGAGAAUGGCCCCUGCCCUUUACUGGCCAUCCUCAAUGUUUUGCUUCUGGCCUGGAAGGUGAAACUUCCACCGAUGAUGGAAAUCAUAACUGCUGAACAGCUGAUGGAAUAUUUAGGAGAUUACAUGCUUGAUACAAAGCCAAAAGAAAUUUCAGAAAUUCAGCGUUUAAACUAUGAGCAGAAUAUGAGUGAUGCUAUGGCAGUAUUGCACAAACUACAGACAGGCUUGGAUGUAAAUGUAAAAUUCACUGGUGUUCGAGUGUUUGAAUAUACACCAGAAUGCAUAGUAUUUGAUCUUCUUGAUAUUCCUUUGUAUCAUGGAUGGUUAGUGGACCCUCAGAUUGAUGACAUUGUAAAAGCUGUUGGUAACUGCAGCUACAACCAGCUAGUGGAGAAGAUCAUCUCUUGUAAGCAGUCAGAAAAUAGUGAGCUGGUUAGUGAAGGCUUUGUAGCUGAGCAGUUUCUAAAUAACACAGCCACUCAACUGACAUACCAUGGAUUAUGUGAACUAACUUCAACGGUUCAGGAAGGAGAACUUUGUGUUUUCUUUCGGAAUAAUCAUUUUAGCACCAUGACCAAAUACAAGGGUCUACUAUAUUUGUUGGUAACAGACCAAGGAUUUCUCACUGAAGAAAAAGUUGUUUGGGAAAGCCUACACAAUGUUGAUGGUGAUGGAAAUUUCUGUGACUCAGAAUUUCAUCUGCGGCCUCCUUCAGAUCCUGAAACUGUAUACAGAGGACAACAAGAUCAGAUAGAUCAGGACUAUCUUAUGGCUUUAUCUUUACAACAAGAACAGCAGAGCCAAGAGAUCAAUUGGGAACAAAUACCUGAAGGAAUCAGUGAUUUGGAACUAGCAAAGAAACUCCAAGAAGAAGAGGAUCGACGAGCUUCUCAAUAUUACCAGGAACAGGAACAAGCUGCAGCAGCUGCUGCUUCUGCUGCUGCUUCUGCUUCUGCUUCUGCUUCUACACAGGCCCCGCAAAGCCAGCCAGUGCAAGCCUCUCCGUCAAGUGGCAGACAAUCUGGAAACAGUGAACGUAAACGAAAGGAACCACGAGAAAAAGAUAAAGAAAAGGAAAAGGAGAAAAAUAGCUGUGUCAUUUUGUAACAAGUGUGGGUUCUGUUGGAGCCAUCUGUAUGUCUUCAGAAACAACCACAGGAGGAAAGGAAGAAAAACCGAUAAAUACCGUCUGUGCCUGAUUUCCCAAUGGAUUUUGUUCAUGUUUAUCAGGGGAAAGGUUGUUACUUAAUUACAAUCAGACUUUUAAAAAUCACACAGUACACUCUUUAUGAGCUGGAGUUUCAUGUUACAAGUUGGAAAUGCUGUGUUGUUAUUCGUGAAAAAUAAUGCACUUGUAGCCAAAUAAGUAAAUAACAGCAAAUUUUGUGUCAUAGUGACAUUCAUAACUCAUAUCAGUUAGUAAGCUAUUUCAUCUUCUGUUCUAACAAUGAAUAGAGAGAAUUGAUUUUGUCUGAUUCCUUCCUCAAACCUAAAUAUUAGCACAAUAGUUUCUGAAAUUAAUUUUUACAAUGUUAAAUUAUGAUCUGAUCCAUGAGAAACCAGGGGUUUAAUAUAGAUUUAAAAAGAAAAAAAAAGACAAAAAUAAUAAGAAUAAAUAACCCUCAGUUGUAUAUUGGACUAGUUUAGCCCUUGAACAGCUUUACCUUUGUUUAGGAAUGUACAUUUUAGAUAUACCUUGAGAAACUGAUAAUGGAACUUGGAUUUAAUUUAGAUAGAAAAAAAAUAAAGAUUUGUAUUUCUUUUCCAGUAGCAAAAUUACAUAACACUAAUACUCAUCAAAAUCAGAUCUUAAUAACUUUGUAGUGUUGUAAAAUUUUGAGGAGUUUUAAAAUCUUUAAUAUAGGUUACUUGGACCACACUUACUAUUUAUUCAGUGUGACAAGUGAGUAUAAAGAGGAAACCACAGUGGAUGCUAGCCCUUGUAAAUAUAGGGAUGUACAAAAAGAGAUAGUUCAGUGUCUACCUUUUUCUAUAAUUACCUUGAACCUUAAAAUUUAAAUCAUGUUUAUUUUGUAGAAAAUUAAGUAUACUUAUUAAAUUUUAAAAAAGCACAUUUCUGAAGGGAUGUUAGACAGAGAUAAUCUCUGAGUCUAGUAGAAAAGCAUUAUUAAAAAUCUGUUUGAUGAUAGAUAAGAAUUUGGAGGAAUUUAUGUAGAAACAAUCAGAUUUUUCUAACUUAUAAGAACCAAAUAACCUAUAACAUCUUAUAGUGUUUCUAGGAUUCAGAAAGAAUAUUUAUUGAACUUUAUUAUGAGGCAACACAUAUUUUCCUGUAUUUCUAUAGUUUGGAAAACUAUCCUUGAUAGUCCUUUUUAUAUGCUUUAUAUUUAAAAGUUUGUUUUAGUCAUUUUUGAAAAGACUAUUGCUGCUGUAAGUAGUUACGUGAUUUACAUUCUAAGCCUCAGUAAAUUUGUCUGUUCAAGAGCAUCUUAACUUAACCUGAGCAUCCACUUAGAGAAUGCUUUUUGUGGUCUGGGGGGACAAAAGACUACAAAAAAAACCGUCGUCUUGAUUUCUUAAGCUAUGUCCUUAACAUUAUCUGUGAUCCAAGACCAGUUGUAGGAUAAAUCUAUAUAUAAAAAGUAAAGUCUUAUUUAUGGAUGAAGUUAUUCUAAGAGAAAUAUUCAGGGUCAAGCUGUAUCUUUUGUGUCUGCCUGUAUCACAUGUCUCUUUAUGUUAUACCAUUUGUUGUUCCUUCAAAUUUCACAUGCUAGCAUGAUAAGUCAUCAGAGAACCUAUUUGGUUUAUAAAACUUUCAUACAAAAUAUUUGGUGAGCCUCUUGACCGUUACCCAAAAUAUGCAUAUAUUGCUCAAGUAAUCAGAUAUAAGAUGUGCUACACAGUUCUCUGUUAGCUCAAACAAGUUGAUUUUUAGGCCAAGUUUAUUCUUGAUAUCACUCUGUUGGUUAAAGGAGGAAACACAGUGUCGGUGCAUUAUAUUUUAUUAAGAAACAAAACAAUAAAUCCUGAGAAAUUUUUAAAAAUGUAUUUGAGGCAUACUUUUCCAUAAUUAUAUUCUUAACUAUUCAUUGCCCUUGAAAAACAUAUGUGUAGAAGUUAUUCCUCUGUUAGUUGUUACUGUCUUCUUAAUUUAUUCCAAAGACAACACUGCCAUUCUGCAUUCCCAUUGAAGGAAAAAAAAUUUACUCAAAACCAGCAGUACUGCUAUCAGAUAAGUAAAUGUCAAUGUAUACUUAUAAGAAAUAAGUAAGAAAUAUAAUGUGUUUGUUAAUUCAGCCUUUUUCUAUGUAAUAUUUCCCAGUUGGGCUUUCUUACAUUCCUGGAAUUCAGUUUGGUGUACCAAGAGUAAUAAUGAUAAAAUGUUUACUUUGAAUACUGUGGGGGAAAAUUAAAUGUUUAGUUCUGUUAAAAAAAUUUCUUAGAGAUCUGAUUUUGCAUCCUUGAAAGUAAAAAAGAAUUUAGAGCAAUUAUGUUUUUAUUUUGCUCAAGUCAACAAAUUACAUAUUCAGACAUUUCAUUGUUGGUUUGGGUAUAUUGGAAUUUGAUAGUGGUGUAUUAGUCUUUCCUUCACAGUAUUUUGUAAUGCUUGAAAAUUGUUACAUGUAUAAAACUAGAAGAAAUUAGAACUUAAACAUUUUUGUUUUUAAGAUUUAUAGGCUAGAUUAGAGGCACAUUUGCAUCAGCCAGUCACCAUUAGACCUAGCAAAAGAGGCAGAUGAAUGAAUGGUUAUGGUCAUUGAACUUUCUCGUACUUUCAAAGACUAUUCCUUAAGGUUAGUGACCAGUCUUUAUUAACAGUAUGAAAAUUUUCUCAUGCCAAUCCCAUUGAAGCGAAAAUUUUCUCAUGCCAAUCCCAUUGAAUCAACAGUGCUGUGAUUUACAGUGUUAUCAACACUUAAAAAUUGUGUGUGUGUAUGUGUGUUUCUGAAGCAAGGAUCUGUGACUUCUAAUAGAUUCUCAAGGGAAUCUGGGAACGUUCCUCAAAUUUAAGAAUCAUCAUUGUAAGCAUACACAUACCAAGCUAUUUGAGACAGUUAAAACUGGGAUUUGGCUGCUUCGUGUAAAAUGCUAGUUCAGUGUGCAUAGGUAAAGUAACUUACUUCAUGUUUCAAGGUGUCCAGUAAGUAGUUGAAUGAGACAUAGAUUUAAGUAUUAGAAUUAGGCUUUGGAAUAUAUUUUCUGUCUUACAUCUCUAGUAUUUGACUACUUAUCCCACAUUAUGUUUUGAAUUCUUCCCCAUACUUCUUGAUCUUAGCUUAAUUAACAAGCAGUUUACUAUCAGAUUGAUUGAAUCCAACAUUAACCAUUUUGUACUUUCACAAAACCGUAACAUUUUGUUUUCAAUGAAUAGCCAGCUCAGUUCACUAAGAGACAAAACAUCUCGAGAGGAAAGAGGCCUAGAAGUCAAAUAUAUAUUUAAGAAGAGAACUAUAUUAAUGUUGGCCUUUCAAGCAGAUACUUAUAAAAUUCUACUGGACAAAAAUCAAGGCAAGAAUUUCUAGAGCUGUCCUAAAACAAAUCAUUUGUUUUUUUUUAAAAAAGCAAAUUGAUGGCAUUUCAUUCAACUUUCCUAUUAAAUGAAGUUAUAGUAAAACAUGAUGGAAAGGCUUUUACCUAUCACAAAAUAUUUGGACAUACAACUUAAACCCUAAUACUAAAUUUAAUAAAAUUUGAUUAAAAUAAGAUGGCAUUAAAGGUAGCAUAUAAUUUGUAUUUUAAGGAAUGGGAAAUGUGAAAUUCUGAAGCAUUUUGUCUGAAAACCUGGCUUUUAUCCUGCCUUCAGCAAAUUUACUGUGCCUCUGUUUAAGUAUCUAAAGAGUGCUUGUUUUUAGUGCUUUGCACCUUCAAAUAUAGGGCAUAGUAUAAGCACAGGGUAUUAUUGAAAUAAUCAUAAAUAUUACACAUCUUUUGCUCUUGAAUAUGUAGAUUUUUUUCCCCAAUGGCAAUAUUUCUACAGCCAGUCUUUUUCUGAAUGCUGUUAAAGUGUGGAGAGUCGUCUUGUGUUUGAGUAUGGCAUCAUCUCCUCCCCAAGUGUGUGUUUGUUUUGUUUUGCUGCACUGCACAGUAUGUGGGAUCUUAAUUCCCAAACCAGGGAUCACACCCGUGCCCCCUGCAGUGGAACUGCUAAAUCUUAACCACUGGAUGCCAGGGAAUUCCCUCUUCCACAAAUGUAGAAUUUUACAGUUGCUUUUGUGUUCUGUAGGGCUACAGAAUCAAAACCAAGAGUACUUAGGAGUGUAAAAGGAUUGAAAAUCUAUUUUUUCCAGUAUCUUUAAUAUAUCUAAAUAUUUAGAUUCUGUUCCUUCAUGGAAUAAAGUACAGUGGAAUCAGAUUACUGAUCCAUAUAUGUAAACUUUUUUGCUGGAUGAAAUUCAUUUAGAUCUCUUAUGUGCUGUCCUUUUUAGGAUUAUUUUUUUUUAACUAUAAAAUGUUAUUUGAUAAUAUACAGUUAAAUUUCUAUUAGAAAGUAACCAAAAAUAGUAAAAGAACUAACUGGAAUCAGAGUUCAGUUCUUAGGUCCUCUAGUUAUUGAGUGUCAUUUUUACAGAUGUCCGACACUCUUGGGAAAACAUGAAAAAUUGUGGUAACUCUUUUGGAGUGACACUUUAAAACUAAAAUUAUAAUCAAAGGCUUUUUGAAUAAAAUAUACUGUAAUACAGAGAUAAUGCAAUCUAAAGGGACAAAUUGCAGGACCCUGUUAAUUUAUUUUGAAGAUUUAUCUAAAUUUUAACUCAUGCAUGUCUCUUUCUUAAUCCCAUUGUUUCUACUGUUAGAAAUUAGAGUUUAGUAAAUUGUGAUAUGCAUAUAUGUAUUUUACAUGAUGGAUUCUAAUGUCUAACUUUCCUUUUCUGAUCUCAAAAAAAAAUUCAACUCAUAAUGCAGGGCAAAAGUGUUCAACUGUUCCCUCAAGCUUAGCUUUAUACUGUUGACCUGAGAAAGAGUGAGAUUUAGACUUGUCUACCUAUAAAAAUUUUUUUACAGCAUAGGACUGUCCCAGAAAAGGUGUUAAAAUACCAUGGCAGAAACAUAAAACCUAAGCUUUAAACCACUGUAGAUUUAAAGAUCAAAAAGUUGUAGUACUAUGUUACAAUGUCUCUACAAUGUCUGAUAUUAAUUCUAAGAUUUCCUUCAAACCACUUAAUAAUUUGUCACAAUUAACUUUAAGGAUUUUGUAUCUAUCCUCACUGCAAUAUCCUGACAGGCAGAAGCACCUCCUAGAUUAGAUGGUAGACAAAGCAAAAUUUUUCUGAAGGUGAUCCUGGCUUCUUCAGCGCUAGUGUACUUAUAGCUUUAAAUAAGAAUUCAGGAAACUGAAAUACCUAUUUAAAUUCUCAAAUCAAAGACCUGUCCAAAUGAGCAUUAUAACUGAAAUACCCUGCAGAACAGUUCUAACUAAUGAAAUGUGUUUUAAGACUAAGGUUGGCAUUUAAUCUGUCCUAUAUGUUUCUCAAUUUUGUGUGUUUUUGUUGUUUUUUACAUGGUAGUUGAAUGAAAUAGCCCUUUUUUUCCAGGGCAUAUAGGAUAUCCUAGAGCUUUACAGAUUUUUAAAGAUGAGAAUUUGAAAAGCUUCCAGUGGUUUUUGUUAAAAUGCUAUUUUCUUAAUAAAAUGAUAACUAUUAUUUUCACAGAUCUGCACAUCACAAGUAGGAUAAUAUGAUUGGAGAUUGAUGUGUGCUUGCUACCCAACAAUCAGCAAAAGGGAUAAUCAUCACUUGUGAAACUUCAGAGGUACCCUGAAAGUCAUUUCCUAAAGUUAGUGCGUGUGUCUUUUUUCCUUGAAUUGUGCAGAAUAAUUGGAAUGUCGCAUGUAUUUGGGGGCCUAGCAAGUGAAAUGGUGUAAUGACCACAGAGAAAGUGGUCUUGAAAUACAACAAGAAAAAAGGUUUUCUUCUUCUUCCACUUUAUUGUCCAGCUAUUUGGGUCCGGAGGUUGCUAUGAUAGAUCUCUGUACCAGGCCAAGACUGGCCAACUGAAAUAGAGUUCUCAAAAAGUUUAAAUACAUAGACUCUGUAUGAGUGCCUAUUUUUUUCUCCUUUCCUUUACUAUCUUAAUGCCCUUUCUGCUUCUGAAAUAAUUUAUCAGUUUUACUUUAUGACCAGCUUGAAUUCCAGUUGUAGAAUAAUAGCAGCCCUAGAGGUUGAUAGAAAAGAACAUUGAAAUACAGUUUUUGAAUGAAAACACCUAAAAGCAUCUCCCCAGCUUAGGGUUGAACUGAAUUUUUAAGAAAAUUAUUGUUUUAUAUGCUAAUUAUGCUAAAACUAUUUGAAUUUAAAAACUAAGUCUUAAGUUUCAGAAGUUUCACUUUUGGAGGAUACUCCUAUAAGGGGCAUAUUGAACAAAGAUGAGAAAGUAUAAAAUAUUUCUGAAGGAAUUAUUCAGUAUUAUUCAACUUUUAAUUUCAUGUUUGUUAUUGUACCACAAAGAUAGUGUCAUUUUUGGAUUAAAAUGUUAGAUUUUUGUUAAUACACUUAAAUCUGUAACCAGUGGUAACACUAUUAGUAUUUUUUAUUAUAGAUUAUAUUUUAUUUCAAUAAACUUUGAUAUUUAGACCCAAAAGUAUUUCUGCUAUGUAUAUUCAUCUCAUUAAGCUACUUCUUAUAAACUUAAAAUAAGUGGGAAAAUGGGGAAUUAACAUUAAUUCACAUUUAACUAGGAUUGUUACCUCUAAACAUACUUGGACCAACUCUUUUUUUAAAACUUUUUUUUAAAAAAUCUUUUCCAGUGUGUCUGUUUUUGUGCUAGUACCAUACUGUGUUGAUUACUAUGGUUUUGUAGUAUAGUUUGAAAUCUGGAAGGGUAAUACCUCCACCUUAUUCUUUUCUCUCUGGAUUGCUUUGGCUAAUCAGGGUGUUAGGAUUGUUUUCCUGUUUCUGUGAAGAAUGUCUUUGGUAUAUUGGGGGGUAAUGCAUUGACUGUGAAUGGCUUUGGGUAGUAUGGCCAUUUUAACAGUAUUAAUUCUUCCAAGCUGUAAGCAUGGGUUAUCAUUUCAUUUGUUUGUCUUCUUCAAUUUCUCUGAAGUUUUAUAGUUUUCAUUAUACAGAUAUUUCACUUACUUGGUUAAAUUUAUUCCUAAGUAUUUUACUGUUUUUGAUGCCAUUUUAAAUGAGAUAAGUUCAUUUCUUCUUCAAAUACUUCAUUGAUUUUGUAUGUUGAUAUUUAGCAUAGCAAGGCAGCCAUGCUCAUUACUAUAUACCAGUGCUGCACUGUAUAUUGAUUUAUAUAUCCUGCCACUUUACUGAAAUUAUUGACUGAUUCCAAGAUUUUUGAAUUAGUUGGGCAUUUUGAAUUCUUGAGAUUUUCUAUAUAUAGGAUCAUAAUCCUAUAUGACAUUUUAACUUCUUUCUUUCUGAUUUGGAUGCCUUUUAUUUCUUUAUCUUGACUAAUUGCUCUAGUGAGGAUUUCCAGAACUGUAUUGAAAAGGUGUGAUGAAACUGGGCGUCUUUGGCUUAUUCCUGAUCUUAGGGAAACAUUUUCACUUUCUCUCCAUUCUGUAUAAUAUAAGCUGUGGGUUUGUUGUAUAUGGCCUUUAUUAUGUUGAGGCAUGUUCCUUCUAUAUCCAGUAUAUAUCAAAUGCUUUUUCUGCAUCUAUUGAGAUGAGCAGGUGAUUUUUACCUUUCAUUUUAUUGGUGUUAUGUAUUACAGAGGUCCUAAAUCUUUUUAGCACCAGGGACCAGUUUCAUAGAGUACAGGCUUUUCAUGGUCCAGUGUGGGGGAGGAUGGUUGCCAGAUGAUUAAAGCACAUUGCAUUUAUUGUGUACUUUGUUUCUAUUAUUACACUGUGAUAUACAAUGAAAUAAUUAUACAAAUCACCAUAAUGCAGAAUCACUAGGAGCCCUGAGCUUGUUUUUCUGCAACUAGACAAUUCCCUGUGGGAGUGAUGGGAGACAGUGACACCUAAAUUAUAUUGCUUAUGUCCAGUCUACUCUGUAAUCUCAUUUGGUCACUGUCACUACAGAAAACCCUGCUUUAUAAAGAUAGGAUGUGCGGAAAUGGAAGGAUUUUCAGUGCUUUUGUGGUAAUAUCAGGAUAUUCCACCUUGACUUUAAUCCAAAAUGUAUGGAGAGCUGAAGUUGUCACAAAUGUAAUUUUAAGGCCACCGUCAUUUGCAUUCUCAAGCAGUGGAUCCUCUUCUAGCACAAAGUUGAUUCACCUGGCUUAUUAAAAAAUGGGUCGCGGAUCCAUUCUUUCCCACUUUGGGGGUCUUUGGUAGUUGGAAAGUAAUGCUCAAACUCUUUUGAAAGCUGAGAUGGGUGAACAUGCACCAGCUGGGAGAAAGAAGGCCCUGGCUCAGUCUCUUUCUAAAUCUCUGGUAAUGUUUGAAAUGUCAAAAAUCCCAAUGUUCAUUUGUCUCCUCCACAGUUCCAGUUUGACUUUGAAUGUACCUUGAAAAAAGUUGUUGCUCUCCCCUAAAGUGACAGAUUGAGUUUGUUGAGUAGGUUGAAUAUGUCACACAAGUAAGCAGGUUUUGUGACCUAUUCUGUGUCACUGAAAUGUGCUGUCAGUGGUAACUGGUUUUCUAGAAAAAAUCUCUGGAGAGGCUCUCGUAACUCAAAAACUCUGGCCAGUGAUCUACCUUUAGAAAGCCAUCUCACUUCUGUGUAUAAGAGAUGUAUGUGUCCAUCUCCUUUUAGAGCUGUGCAAACAGACAUGGGUUAAGGGCAUGUACUUUCAUAUGGUUGACAAUUUUAAUCACAUCCCGAAAAACACUGUUAAGUUCAGGUGACAUUUUUCAGCUUGCUAGCAUUUCUCUGUUUAUGACACAGUGUGUAGAUUCACAUUCUGAAGUAGUGAAACCAGAAAGCCAUCCAGUCAUGGCAGCCGCUCCAUCUGUGCAUAUACCGAUACAAAAUGACCAUUUCAAUUUUCCUGAUAUGUAAUCAUUCAAAGACUAGAAUAGUUCUACAACUGUGAUGUUGGUUGGCAACAGAAGUGCACACACCCAUUCUCAUGCACAUCCUCCUGAAAAUAGAUCACACGAAAACCAGCAUUGUUGCCUCCUUGUCAACAUUGAGACACUCAUCAACCUGGAUUGCACACCACAGUGACUCAUUAAUCUUUCUAACUAUUGUGCCUCAAUAUCCUCUGCUAUUUUAUCAGUUUGUCUAGUUACGGUGCUAGCCAAAAGAGGAAAUGUGCCACCGUUUCAACUGCAACCUCUUCUAAAAAUUCAUAACAAAUGUCCUUAGCAGCAGGCAGGAUCAACUCUUCAAUAGUAAAGGGCUUCUUAGCUUUACCAAUGCGGUUAGCCACUAAGAAGGAUGCUUUUGACAGACACGUUUGAUGAAGUGGUGGCCUUCAAUAAUUGCUUCCGUUCUUUGUGUUCACAGUUUUCUUUUGAAAAACUCCAAAGGCUUGUCUUUUGAUGGAGAGUGCUUGGUCUCCAUGUGGUGAAGCAGUUUUAAAGGUUUCAUGGCUUUGUUCAAUAUCUGGUCACCACAGAUUAUACAAAGCAGACUUGGAGAAGUGAAUCACCUGUUGCAGUGAGCCCAUAAUUUAAGUAGGACUCUUAGUAUUUUCUUUUAAAUGCAGCUUUCUUUUUGUUGGCAGUCUUAGAGUCUUCUGCUGUCUCAUCAUUGGGUCUUUCUACCUUUUCGAAGAAGCUCUUCAGCAACAUUAGUUUUUCAUUCAUUUUGGCUAGGGUUAGCUUGUGGGCUUCAAUUUCCCAGGUAGCUCAAAUGGUAAAGAAUCUGUCUGCAGUGCAGAGGACCUGGGUUUGCUCCCUGGGUUGGGAAGGUCAUGGCAACCCACUCCAGUAUCGUUGCCUAGAGAAUUCCAUGGACAGAGGAGCCUGGUGGGCUACAAUCCAUGGGGUUGCAAAGAGUUGGAAACGACUGAGUGACUAACACACUCACACAGCUUUUGGACUUACCAAUACUGUGGCUGAGACAAGUAUGCAGUGCAGGAAAGAGGCACAGGCUGAAGUGGCAAACAGAAUAAUGGGAGGGCCAUGCAUGGACUAAAAUAAUUGUUGGGUCUGAUUUCAAGUCAGAAUCAUCAUUUGCCUGUCACCAGAUGCAGAUGUACAGUUGAAGUACAUCAACUCAGUUCCCACUAUAAAGCCUGCCUACCAGAUACAAUUUAAUUGUCACUUGUCACUUACUGAUAGGAUUUUGAUAUGAGUCUGCAACCAGUUCAUUUAUUAUGGUCUCUCUGCAGUCAAACUUUUCUGCUAAUGAUAAUCUGUAUUUGCUAAUGAUAAUCUGAAUUUCCAACUUCAGGAUAAAUUUUAAUGCCAUUUAUAAUUUAGUUGCUUAGUAUAUAGUUACAUUAUCACUCUAGCUCUGAGAUUUUAUUUAUAUGCUGAGAUACAUAUCAAUCAAAUUGACAAAAAUUUUUUAAAAAUAUCAAAAACAACAAUAGAAAAGCAACAAAUAACAUCAAAGGGACUCUUAAUAAGGUUAUCAGCUGAUUUUUCACCAGAAAAAGCUCAAGCUCAAUAGAUACAGAUAAAGCUUUUGAUAAAAUUCACUAUCAUUUAUAAUAAAAACUCUCUGGAAAGCGUAACCUACCUCAACACAAUAAAGGCCAUAUAUGACAAGCCAACAGCUAACAUAUUCAAUGGUAAAAAGCUCAAAGCAUUUCCUCUAAAAUCAGAAACAAGACAAGGAUGUCCUCUCUCUACUUUUACCCAACAUAGUUUUGGAAGUCCUAGCCACAACCUUCAGAGAAGAAAAAGAAAUAAAAGGAAUCCAAACGGAAAAAAGAAGAAGUAAAACUAACUGUUUUUAGGAAAUCUUAAAGACACUACCAGAAAAGUACUAAAGCUCAUCAUGAGUUCAGUAAAGUUGCAGGAUACAAAAUUAAUACACAGAAAUUCCUUCCAUUUCUAUUCACUAACGAUAAAAGAUCAGAAACAGAAAUUCAGGAAACAAUCCCAUUUUCCAUUGCAUCAAAAAUAGUAAAAAUAACCUACCUAAGGAGGCUAAAGACCUGUACUCUGAAAACUGUAAGACACUGAUGAAA